UUGUUGCGAUUUGUAAAGGAUUCGUUAAUAUUUGUAUUUAAAAAGUGUAAGCGAAAAAUUUAUACUGUGUAAAAGUUUUAUAAACCAUCAAGUCGAGAAUACAACGGUCAACAGUUCGCUAGCUGGAUACAUCAUGGUGUUCUAAAUUCAAGCAGUCAUUUUUUUUUUAAUUUAAAGUAUAAGGAUAACGUCCCCACAUCAUGUUUCAGAAGCAAACUUUCGGUGCAACGAACACAGGAUUCGGAUCAUUCAACGCAGGUGCCAGUACGUCUUCACCGUUCAGUGGCUUUAAACCCACAGCUGGUACCAGCGCGUUUGGGGCACCGCCCGCGUUUGGGGCGAACGCUGCCCCCCAACCUGCUACUGGAGGAGGUCUCUUUGGUUCCACCACCCCUUCGAGCAGCCUGUUCGGUGGGAACGCAACCACGUCUAGCUUCGGUACCACCAGCGGGUUCGGCUUCGGUCCCAGCACGUCAACCGGUGCUGGUCUCUUCAGCAACACAACCAGCGGUGUCGGCGGCGGACUGUUCGGUAAUAACCAGAACAAUGCCGCCUUCGGAGCAAAGCCAGCGGGUUUUGGCUUUAGCAACACAGCGAACACCAAUACAACAGGCCUGUUCGGUUCGGCUCCGUCCACGUCUACCGGUCUGUUCGGGCAGCAGAACACCGCCAUCGGUGGUGGUGGCCUGUUCGGGAAUACAAGUGGUGGGUUUGGACAGCAGCAGGCAACGGGGACAGCUCACGUGAAGUAUAACCCUAUGGUGGGGACUGAUGUGGUGGUCAAGAGCGGUACCUCCCAGAAUGUCAAUAUAAAACACCAUUGCAUCACCUGUAUGAAGGAAUAUGAAGGGAAGUCCCUUGAGGAGCUACGUCUGGAGGAUUAUAUGGCUGGCAGAAAGGGGGGCGGCGGCACGAGUGGUGGUGUAUUCGGUGGAUUCCAGCAGACGGAAAACAAACCUCUGUUCGGUGGUCCAUCGUUCGGUCAACCGGCGACUACGAGCGCUCCGAGCUUAUUCGGUACCGGCAUAGGUUCGACUCCCGCUUUCGGACAGACAAAUACAUUCUCGUUCGGAAACGCCGCUCAACCGAACACAAAUACAACUGGUCUAUUCGGUGCUAAUAAGCCAGCGUUUGGAGCUCCAUCGACGGGUACGGGACUGUUCGGAGCGACUACGACACAGGCGCCGGCCUUCGGCACGAAUACGUCUACGUUCGGCUUCGGGAGUAACACGCAGAAUCAGCCUACGGGCGGCUUGUUCGGCGCUAAGCCCGCCACGACGGGCUUCGGCGCUCCAGCCGCCAGCACGGGUUUCGGUGCCUUUGGCAGCGGGGGCCUGUUCGGGGCGAAGCCCCAGCAGACUACCGCGCCGACCUUCGGUUCCACCGCGCCCACGUUUGGCGCGACGCCCGGCUUCGGGACGAACACAACGGGUUCGAGUCUCUUCGGUGGCUCGACGUUCGGUAAACCUCCGACUACGCAGGCUACGUUCGCGUUCAACACGCAACCAACGCUAGGAACCGGUCUGGGCGGCGGGCUGGGCACGGCUUUCCAAACGAAGCCCACCACGCCCGCGUUCGGCUCGCUCGGCGGUAUGGGCACCGGCUCCAUGUUCCAGACGCCAGCGCAGAACAACACCUUCCGGACCGGGCUGGACUCGGGGCUGGGGGGCGGCGGCCUGUUCGGGAACUCGUCCGCGCUGGGCGGGAACACGCUCGGCCUGGGACAGCUCCACGCCAACAACUCCACUCUAGGCGGCGGGCUGGUGGGCGCGUCCGCGGCGGGCAACGUGCACGAGCAGAUCCUGUCGCUGGCGGCGCGGCCCUACGGUGACACGCCGCUCUUCAAGGACCUGCUUCCCGACAAUUCGCGCUCGUCCGAGGACGCGCUGAAGGCCACGAACCCCGCGUGCGUGAAGGCGGCGCUGCAGGGCGCGCACUACCGCGUGGCCUCGCCGCCCUCGCGCCUCGCGCUCGCGCCGCGCCCCGUCGCGCACGACCGGAAGUCGCUCUUCGAUGGUCUAGAAGAAUCGGACGCUAGUUUGGAAGAUAAGUUGAGCUUGAAGCCAAGUCGGAAACGUUUGGUUCUCAGACCGAACACUCGUCCCGAGGAAGAUGUUGAUAGGCAGGAAAACAGCAGAUCAAUCGAGGAUGCAUCGAGACAGGAAGUAAAUAAUCAAGAGACGAGAGAAAAUCAAGAUCCCAAAGAUGAUCGCGGUUCUCAGCGAGCGGAGAGGGAGAUGAUGAAACAGAGAAAUAUUGAAAACAACAAUGUAGACUCGAAUUCCGAGAGACACGGCAGUUGGCUUGACUCGUCCCAAACCUGGUCAGAGAAAGGGAAGAGGCGGGAAUCCGGUGAAUCGUCUCCGAGGCUAUACCCCAACUUGGAUAAAGAGUUACCAGCGCAGGUGCCCGAGAGGAGAGCGAGUUGGUUAACAACGAAACCACUGAGGAAGCCGCUGGUGCCGAACCCCGAGUCGGCGGAGAACUCCGUCCGCGAGCUGGGCGUCCGGCCCGACCGCACCGAGGACAAGGAGAACAUCGACACGUUGUCUGUUUCCGAGGAGGAGAACGUCCCGACGCGGGAGCUGCCACCGCACCCAGCCGGCGUGAAGCUGACGAGGCCUGGAUACUACACUAUACCGUCGUUGGAGGAGAUUACUAAGUACAUGCGAUCGGACGGCUCGUGUGUCGUCCCGCACUUGACGAUUGGACGCCAGAACUACGGGAACGUGUACUUCGACUGCGAGAUCGACGUAGCCGGGAUGGACCUGGAUGCCCUCGUUCACUUCCUAAACAAGGAGGUGAUAAUCUACCCGGAUGAUGAACACAAGCCGCCUGUGGGGGAGGGGCUCAACAGACGAGCGGUCAUCACGCUGGAGCGGGUCUGGCCGCGCGACAAGACCGAGAAGAGACCGGUCACCGAACCGGACAGGUUACUGAAGAUGGACUACGAGGGUAAGUUACGGCGCGUAUGCGACAAGCACGAUACGAAGUUCAUCGAGUACAGACCUCAAACGGGGAGCUGGGUGUUUCGUGUCGAACAUUUCAGUAAAUACGGUCUCACCGAUUCAGACGAAGACGACGACAUCACGCCGGACGUGUUGAAACGGCAGCUUGUCAAUCAGAAUCUACAGAAAUCUGCUGCACCCGCACAAAAACUACCAGUUCCAGUAUCGACGGCUUCGAGUGGCGUGGGUGUGGUCGGUCUCGGUGGUAUCGGGGGCUUAGGAUCCCUCGGCGGCCUCGGGGGCCUUGGCGGUCUCGGUCCCUCCGACGAGAUGUUCGCUAUGCAACAGAGUUCGCUCAAUUUAAUGAACGGUGCUUCUAGAGUGUUCGAAAUGGACGCGACUGAGGAUAAUUCGGAAGCGCCGAGCUUCUAUCAAGAUAAUAAUGCGUUUGGUGUGAAGAGUCCAACGACUGAGCUGGCCCGCUUGGAGAACAGACGCAGUCACCACGUGCAGCUGAUGAAGGCUUCGUUGUACGCGGACACUGAGAUGGACGAGGAGGCUAGCGUGUCGAGCGGCGACCAGCUCGUGCCGGCGUCGCGCGGAGCCGAGCCCGCCACGCGCGCCCCGAGUGACGUCACUCGUGUGUCCGUGCCCGCCGCGCCUGCCGCGGACUGCAUGCCGGGUACUGAAGAAGUCAUAAUGCGUCCUCUCAUCGUGAGGCCGCACACGAUAAUACUGAACUAUCAUAGAAAAGUCCCGCCCUUCAAACACACCAUAGCCGGUCGGCUAGACGCGGCGUGUAUCGCGGACAUGUCGGUGUGUCGCGCGCGUCACAGCCGCAUCGGUUUCGGUCCAGCCGGCACGCUCAGCUUCGUCACUACAUACGACGCCAUCAACGACCUACCCAAGACUGCCGACCUCAGCUCGUUGGGUAUGUACGUGUCCGGGCGAGGCGAGGACGAUUGGAGCGAGUCCGUCGUCGCAAGACUGGCCGUCGGACGGUCGCACUCUAAUGCGACACAAGACAUCCUGUGCCGCCAGCUGGGCAGCCUGCUGGAGUGCUCCGCGCUGACGGAGACGGGCGGCGACAGCUGUCCGCGCCUCGACGUGCCGCGCGCGCCCCGCGAGCGCCGCGACCUGCUGCGCCGCCUGCUGCGCGACGCGCGGGGGGCGGCGGGGGGGGCGGGCGCGCCGGGGGGGGCACACUACGGUAUGUCGAGCGAGUACUGCCUGCAAGUUUGGAAGCUGUGUGACGCGCUCUGGGGCGAUGAUUUGGAUAAUGACGGAGUUCCCGGUAUGGACGAGAAAUCAAUAGUGAAUCGCCACAAGCGCCUCCUCGACUGGUUGAAGGAGUCCGUCUCGGAUAUAACGGACAAGGAACUCGCUGAAACGAUGCCCGUGGAGCCGGAAGACGAGAGCGACGCGCACAGCGCGCGCGUGUGGGCGCUGCUGGCGGGCGGGCGCCUGCGCGACGCGUGCGCGCUCAGCCGACGGCGCGGCGACCUGGCGCUGGCGGCGCUGCUGGCCCAGCGCGACGAUCCGGCCUUCAAGUCGCUGGUGGCGCGUCAGCUUCGCGUGUGGCAGCAGUGCGGGGCGGAGUCGCUGGUGGCCGGCAGCCGACUGGCCACGCUGCACUUGCUGGCCGGUCAGCGACCCGAGCGUCAUCUGCAGCGACUGGACUGGCUGAGAGCCUUCGCCGUCACCGCACGAUACCUCUGCCCACAAAUCCCGACCCUGGAGCAAGUGGUCCGCACGUACGAGGGUUAUUUCAGCUCGGAGCCCGAGGCGGACCUCCACAGCUUGCCGGAAGACGAAAUGGGGAUGCAGUUCCCGUUGCCGCCGUACCACGAUCAGUACAACGUCACCACAGCGAGCGGCGCCAGCCGGCGCGUGCUGGACGUGCGCUACGAGCUGCUGCGCGCGCGCGCCUUCAACGCGCCGCCCGCGCUCGGGCCCGCCACCUGCAGCCCCGACCCCUUCGACUACAGCCUCAGCUUCCCCUUGGCGUCGUGGCUGGGAGUGGGCAGUGCGUGCGUGGUGGGCGCGGCUGAGCAGCUCGAGGCGAGCGGCAACUGGCACCUCGCGCUGCAGGUGCUGGCCUACCAUCGGGAUGAUAACGCUCGCAGUCACCUCAUCCGCCAGGUCCUCUCCCGACACGCACCAUCACAAGUUGACACGCCGGAAAUGAAGGAACGCUUCGAGCUGAUAAAGAAGCUGAAGAUCCCUGAGAAGUGGGUUCUGAUAGCUCAGGCUAACAGGGCUAAAUACGAGCACAAGCCAGCGUUGGAAGUGGAAUACCUGGUUGGCGCUGAACAGUGGAAUGCAGCUCAUAGAGUGCUGCUCAAGGAACUGCUGCCCGACGCGGUGCUGGCUGAUAAUCUACAAAGUAUAAAAGGUAUACUGGAGAAGAUGAACGACGCGGCUGAGAGGCAUGAAGUCAGCGGAUGGGAGACAGGAGGGCAGGCCCUCUACCACUACCUGAGGGUCUGUGAUGAGGUCCCCGCGUCACGCGGCGGCUCGCGCGGAGAUGGGCGCCCGGCUGGUGCAGCUGGCGCUGGCGGGCGGGGAGCCGCCCCCGCACCUGGCGGCGCUGCUGGCCCAGCUGCGUCUGCCGCCCGACUGUGCCGCGCGCGCUGCGUACCGGAUAACGACCGACAUGGCCGAGCGCGCCUCCGAACUCUGCGUGGACUCCGCGCCCUCCCCCGAGUCCUCCCAGCGAACAGCCGCCGUCCAGACCUAAAGGACUUUACGUAUAACGAAACCUUCAACAGUCCGUUACAAAACAUAAUCUCUUCAUAUAUUUCGUUCUACAUACAAUUAUAUAACGCUAAAAAAAACCUAGAACACGUCGUAUGUUUAUAUAUAUACCAAGUCAAAUAUCUGUUGAACGGUAUAGACUUACUUGGCACACGCACAAAGGGAUAUAAAUCCCUUAGUUCCCAAGGUUGGUGGCGCAUUGGCUAUUAAAGGGUUUAAUAUUUCUUACGCCGCCAAUGCUUGGCCAUUUGAGUAUGCCUACCUGUUCAACGUCAUCUAGCGAAGAAUAAAAACAUUAAUUCAGCGAUAGCGAAGAAUAACAACAUUAGUCUUAAAAUUAUUCGUUUGAAAUGUACGUAGUUUUACGUUCGUACAUUAUAUUGUUACAUAAAAGCGAACGCGUUGCGUAACUUGAUGACGCCAUUGGUUUUUUUUUUAAUAGUUAACGGUAAUGAUUUUAAUUUGAAAUAAAUCGUAUGAAUAUUGUAACUUUAAAUUAUUGCUUAACUUUUUAAGUUCCUGAUAUAUGUAAAGGCGCCUUAAAACGAAUAUGUUAGUACAAAUUUUUAUAUAAUAUUAUAUUUAUAUAAAAUGUUACGUAUUAACGCGUCUUAGUUUGUUAAUUGUAUGAUGUAUGUAUGUAUGAUGUACCAAAAUGAAUCGAUCUUUAGUUGUUUAAGAGUUUUGAUAGUUCAUAAGUUACUGGGGGGGAGUUAAGGGGGGUGGGAUGAAACAGUUUUGUAUAUAAAAUUUACUUAUGUCGUUUAGUCGAUUGUGUUGAGUUAACGAAUGCUCUGUCUCCGUCUUUCGAAUGUUAAAUAAAUCAUGAUAGAUAGAGAGAAAUGAUUAAAUAAACAAACUAAAUAAUAAGUAAGACUAUAGCUUUGAUUAAUGCGCUGUUAAUAUACAGAUUGGUUAGAGUCCGUCGCCAUGGAUCGAACUAAUUUGGAGACCCUGACUUGUAGGAUAUUCUGUGAGUUAUCUUGUUUUGAAGUAAAUAGGAAUUAAAUAGUGUAAUAAAUAAAAGUUAGAUGCGAUUAAAUUGUAUGUGUAUCUUCUGUAUAAAGUUUAAUUGAUCGUUAGCGAAAUACAUUAGAAAAUAUACUAUUUCAUAAUACAGCACGACUUGCUCGGAUUUGAACUCGCUAUAUUCCUAUAUAAUGGUAUGUGAGUAAUAUUUUAGCUCCCAUAAAAGUAAUCUAAAAUGUAUCAAAUUCGACUUGCGUUAUUCAGCAUCGGAGAUUAUCUUACAUAUUGGUUGUCGAAUUAAAAACUACCACUAAAUCUUUGGCGUUUAAUGAUAGGGGUUGGGGGCGGGGGAUCUAUUUGGAUAUUAUAUGUAUUAUAUAUACAUAACAUACACAUUAGAAAAGUUUUUUGUAAUAUCAAAUUUUUUUUUUAAAAUUUUGACGUGUAUAAUAUAUUUAUAGCAAAAAAAAUAUAUCGAUUAAUAUUGUCUUUUAAAUAUAAUAAAGUAAGUGAUGUUUUUUUUAAUGAAAUAAAUAAAUAAACUUUUAAGUUAAGAUAAAAUACAAAAUGGAUGUCAGUGUUGCAAGAAAAAUAUAGUAAAACUAGCGGCCAGUUCAGUCCAGUGUUGCAUAACUAUAUAUAAUAUUUAUAGCUCUCCGCGCGCAAUACUCUUGAUACAGCAAUAUUAUCGAUGGGAAUUCAUAUCAUUCGGUAGUAACGAUUUAAUAAAACCUCAAUACUAUCGAAAAAUUGACUGUCAAUAGAGGUUUUGGUUAAAACGAAUGAAUUUCACAAUGUAUUGCUCGUGGUGAGCUAUCGGUAAAACCGAUAGUAUUCACACGUGACUAUAAUAUCGAUACAAAUGUUUACACAUCGAUAAAUAAUCGAUUGUCUAUCGAUAGUGGAUUAUCGACAUUCAACACCAGAUCAGUCAAUAUCGACGUUUUGUCAUACAAACGGGAUCAGUGUCAAUUUGUUUGAUAUUUAAAAAAAUAUACGCACUCAACACCAGAGUGAAGUCGAGAGUUACAAGUGACUUCCUCAAUGAGUUUACUAUUUAACACGAAUAUAAUGAUUCAAAACCUUUGCUCGUUAGAAUCUUUGCAGUAAUAUUCAAUCUUGAAGUAAACUAAGUCCUAAGAUAAGGUAUGUAGUAACGAAAUCAACGGUUCUAUCAAUAAGAACUGCACUUCCAAUGUGUAAAGGAUAUUUCUCAAUUUAAAUAUCAAGAUUUUUUAAGUAUUUUAGACGAAUAAGAGAACACAAGUGAUUUUUCUUUUUAUUAUAAGUAAUGCUUAGUUUUAAAUUAAUUUUUUAUCUGUAAUGUAUGUAUAAUUUAGAAUAAGACAAAUUUGUAAUUAAAUAAAUAUUUUUCGAAUUA